UUUGUAAAACUUGUACUUAUAUAUCCCUAUUAUGUGGGUUAAGGGAGGAAAUAAAAAGGGUGUCAUUUCAGUUAAUGAAAAUCUGUUCGUUAAUAUUUUACUCUUUAAAACAAAAAUGUUGAAAUGAUUAAGCAGAAACCACAAUUAUUAUUCGAAAUAAAUUCUUUUUAAAAAAGCUGAAUUAAAAACAAAGAUACAUAAAGUGCAGAUUUGAGUAUGUCGGUUGUAAAAAUUUUGUGAAAACUCCCAAGAAUUGUGAAACCAUAACUUAAAUGUAGACGGCAAAAAUUGAACAAUUUGGAAAAUAAAUCGUGUAUGAUAACUGAAAAGAAACGGAAGAAAUUGUGAAGUUUUUUAACAAGUGAAUAUUGUCAAGAUGUAAUCGUGCUCUUCAAUCAUUUAUUUGUCAUGUAAAAGAUUGUAUAACUAAAGGUCCUUUUUAAAGUACACACGUACAUCAAAAAAAUAUACAUACGUAAGUUUUGGCACGUGAAAUGUAAAACGCAAAAUCCUCAAAAAUUUAUGAUUACACUUAAAAAAAAAUUAACAGCUCCAUGAAUGGAUUUAAAAACGAAAAAUUUGUAAAAAAAAAUUGACAAAACCUACAUCUUUUAGCCUCACAUUUCACGUUAAAAUUAGACACGGGUAGAACUACAGAACUGCCAGGACCACACGCACCGAUACACACACAACCCACACCCUCGCUCUCCUUUGAGGAGGACAUAAAUACUUUCUCACAGCAAAGACAUUUGAAAUUCUAACGUUAGUUGGUGAGAAUGAACAGGAGAAAAAUGGUAUUCUACAUGCUAGCGAGUACAUGCUUCGAGUACAUUUUCGCUAUUUAACUAUGAAUGAAAAGAAACGAGAAAAAUAAAACAAACUGUAUUUUCGAACAUUUACCACAAAUGAAACAAGGAAUGAGUAACUUAGAAUAAGUAAACAAAAAUAUGUGAUCCUACAAACUAAUCACAAAGUGCACUGAAAAUGCAUCCAAGUUUCUUUGUUUAAAACGACUUUUUGAUUGGCAAAAGCGUGCUGUUUUAUGUAGCACAUAUUAAAAAGAUUAUCUGUGACCUAGUUGCUGGAUGUUUAAUACGAAUUCUGAAGACUACUGGGGAAAAAAAUCAUAUCAAAUGGCAGACCCUUUUUGCGGGGGGUUCUGUUGAGGCAUGUCGUAAUGGCAAGAGAGGAGUCUCGAGGCAAGAGACCUUUAAAAAUUUGGGAUAGUUGGCGAAAUGUACGGAAGGGUGUUGUCGUUGGCACAUUUGAAGAAUUGCUAGUUAGAGGUAAGGAUAAAUUAGGGGUUCCUGCCUCAGAACCAGUACGACUUGUUCUGGAGAGCGAUGGAACCCAAAUUGAAGAUGGAGAAUAUUUUCGCACAUUGGCAAAUAAUACGGUCCUAUUAUUGUUGAGGCAGGGGGAACGUUGGUAUCCCACAGGAGUCGAUGUUAUAAAAGCUGCUAUAUCAGCUAUACCAAAAAUCGUCUGUGAGACGAUUCAUGCACUGGAGUUACAUGAUGAGACUCCAUCUUGGAAAAUUAUGGAUAAUAAGGGUCGAGUUACGGUUGUUCUGCACUGGGACCAACGUCAAGGAGGAGGAGGUGGCAGUAGUGGCGGAAUGGGGCCAAUCAGUAGUGGGACAAGUAGUAGCAAUGGUCCAAUAUCUUCUGAAAAGUAUUCACCAUCGAAGAAAGGUCUCUCGGCACAAAGUUCAUUGGACAAUAAAUCAGUGUCGUCGCAAUCAUCGCAACAGCGCUACACAAGUCCACAAAUAACGGUAAUAAGUGAUGACGGUCCCGCAAACAUAUAUCAUACGGGUGGCAUGGUACCAGGUAUUGUGAUACCUGGCACAAGCAGAAGACUUUCAAAACAAGGUGGUUCCUUUGAUAGUGCCGUUGGCGCAGUGCAUGUUCACACUCCCGAAUGUGCACAUCACGCACAUACCCCUAGUCGAGCAGGUAGCCCAAGUACUACGGAAUGCGACUUCCAUUGCUGUGCCUUGCACGAAGAGGGUCGUAAAAUAGCUGUACACAAAAGUGUAGCGACCUCGCCUAUCCAAGAUGGGACUACAAGUCCACAACCCCAACAACAGGCAACAAUGUCUAUGUCUUCGGUUGUGGAUCCUAUGCUGGGUGGCAGUAUGCAAAGGCGGUCCUCGGGUACAAAAGGUCAUGUUCGGUUCCUUGAUAUUGCUCCGGAACGUGACAGCUCCGAAAGUGAAACGGAAAAUACCGUCAUGGAGGACGAAAAGGUGACGACCGAAAAGUUUUUGUUGCUUAUCGAUCAACUUUCUGUAGAUCAAAAACGACACCUUAGCAUAAAGGAUAUCGGAAUCAUUCUAGAACGCUUAAAUUCCAAAAUUUUGGACGUAGAACGACUAGACAGAGAGUCAGAAUCCGACGAUUGUUACAACUGGACGAUAAAGGCAACGAUUCGUGGAGAUGCUUUACGCGAAUUGGGAGUCAUUUACAAUGGCAACUACUAUGCCAUAUCCGAACACCCAGGAUACAAAGAGGAACUAGAAGAGAACGGCGAAGAGCCCGAAGAGGACGAAGAAGAUCGAAUCUAAACUCCAACUUCAAAUCUUGUUUCCUGUUUCUUAUAAACAGCAUAUAUCUUUAAGCAUUUCUCAAUCAUCUGAGGAAAUGUCAAGGAUCUUCACAAUUUGAAAAUAUACGGUUAGUUUUAAGGUAGGAACUGGCUCAAAAGUUAUGAAUCCACUCCAAAAAUUCUCUACUUCCACAAAAUCUAUAAUGCUAUGCUUCCACAAAAUCCUCCUUCUUUCAUCCCUUUAGUUAAUUGAACGAUGUUUCUUCAUGAUGAUUUAUGUAAAAAUAAUUCUUAAAACCUGAAACUGAAAUAGUGAAAGUACAAUCACACAAAUUAAAUUUACAACUUGGAAUGCAUCCUCAGCAAUAUAUUGUGAUUUAUAACUAAUUUGUGUUAAUUUUAUGUGAUAUUACUCUGGCUGUUUCUUUUGUUGUUUUUUAUGUUACUUUUGAAUUCUUCACUGUUAUAAGGUUAUGUGGAUAAAAAAGGUAGCUAUUGUUUUUUGCGGAUGAUCCGUAGUGGACGACGUUUUCAAAAAUUUUAGUUGAACACAUACAUAUGCAAAAAUUAACUCAUUGAUCCAAAUAUGUAAUUAAAAAACAAAAAAUCUUAACUGCCAUAAUUAGAAUUCAUGAGAAAUUGGAAACAUAAAAAUUUAGCAUUUAAUAAUAAUGAAUAGUAACAAAUCACGCAUAAUUUUGUAAUACUCAAAAUUAUAAUAUAGAAUAGUAGAACUUAUCACAAUAAACAAAUGAGUUGCAAACACACGUUUUAACACACAAAAAUCCCUAAAAGAGUAUAUGGUUCAAAUCUUUCACCAUCAAUAUGCCCAUAUCAAACAAGAAGGCAGCAAGAAUGCAAAUGAAGAACGCUGGAAUCCCAGGUCAGAUGUCAAGAUCAUGACUUAGUUGUGCCUGACACUGAAUCACGAAUUUUUAUGCCGCGAUCUCACAAAUAUUAAAUACACCGUUUUCCUGUACCAAAAAGACACUGCCAAUACUACGUAAGAAGUCGUUAAAUAUAAUGUGCGUUCAAAAAUUGUAUGAACAUAUGUAAAGUUGUGUAUCUAAGGAAACAAAGUAUCUUGGGAUCUAAACACUAUUAUAUUUUUUCUUUAGCUUAAUUUUAACCUAAAAACAACGAAAAUUAAAAAAAGGGACUGUAGUAACUCAGCAUGUUCUUGAAGUUAGUAGCAGUCAGACUUAUUUUUUAAAUAGAUGCUAAAAUUAAACAUUAAUUGUUAAAAUCAAGCUAAUGUUUUUUCCUAUAUAUUUAUCGACUGACAAAAAAUAACAAUAUAUUUCA